UUAGCACCAUUUAGACAUAGCACGGAGUCAAAACUCUGGUAUUUACGUAACUUACCAGAUAUAGGCUAUCCUCAACCAGCUUGAGGCAACAGAACGUUAUUUUGGUAUCCGCUUCCUCCCACAGGAAAUCCUGUUCAUAUGGGUGUAAUGUGUUUAACGGUUUCAGGGCAGAUCCAUCACUGUCAUACUGAAAAUCUAUAUCUCUCUAAAGUCUCAUGGGUGGAGGUUUAGUAUUGUGACCAAAUAACCCAUUUUGAAUCUCUUUGUUGCACUGAAUAUAUAUAUACACAUAAGAUUUGUGUUUAAUUCUCUUUCCAAGACACAGGAAUUGCUACUUUGUUACGUUUCAUUACUAAAUAAUAUGAUAUGGCAAGAAUCACGACAAUUAGUUAAAUAUUAAUUUCUGUGUUCCAUUAUAGUCCUAUAGUUUCAACUAAGUAACUUGGACCUGUAAUGAAUAAAGGACAGAAGAAACAGCAUAGAAGCAGCUGGGAUUAAAACAGUGCUCUCGAGCGUAGCAUGAACAAAAGCUGCUUUGUCUGUGGUUAAGUUUUUGUGCAGACAGCAGUGAAGAGAAACAUGAGGCAGAAAUAGGAAUUCAUGGAAGAUAUUUAGCAAAGAAAAAAAAACAGCACUGUUGAGCAGCUGAAUUCCUUUUUUACAGACACCAGUAAAACUUUGGAGAGGGACGGGAAGUCUUCCCUUAGAGGAGAGGAGGAGAAAGAUUCAAAUUUCAAGACGGCCUCCCUCUUCCUCUCCACACACACACCCACCCACCGCUUCUUGAGAACACAGACAAGGGAGGAGGAGAUGGGAGUUUACUGGCCACAGAAGAAACGGAAAACACGAAAUCAAGAUUUCAAAAACCUCACAUUCAAAAUCAGACCUCUCCAGGUUUUUUUUUUUUCCUUCUGGAAACUGAAAGGCAACCAGCAGGGAGAUGCCCCCCGAGCAGCAGUCACACCAGAGCAGCCUCAGCAUAAACAAAGUGUUCCUGAAGAGCUUCAUUGGAAUCCUGAGGCUACUGCAGAUCCUGCUCGGAGCCGUGCUCUGGACAACCAUUGCCGCCAACAAGUAUGAGGGCUCCGUUCACUUUGUUCUCUUCGUGUCCGUCUUCUUCUGGCUCCUGACCCUGGCUCUUUACGUUCUCACCCUCCUGGAUAAGCAAGACUUGGUCCCCCUCUUGGGUGGAGACAGAUGGUUGCUAAGCAACACAGUGCAUGACCUUUUGGCCACUGUGCUUUACUUUGCAGCCCUGGGCAUUAUGAUCUACAAGACGCAGAAGAACAGUUUCUGCAAUUUGGAGCAGUACAGGCACCACUGUCUGUACAAGGCGUACCUGUCAGCCUCAGUGUUCUCCGGUCUCUGUGCCGCCAUUUAUCUCCUCUCUGGAAUUUAUGGUUCCUGCAGGAAGUGCAGGGGGGAUCAGACUUUGGUUGCGACUUAAAACAACUACAGGAAGGAGCGGAGGUUUAGCAUUCCAAAGGAAACUGAUUUCUCAAAAAAAGACGCUUGUUUUCCUGUUUUUGCACUGUUGGCAUUUUGCGAAAGAAAAAAAAAAUUGCCGCUUUUCUUAAGGCAGAAGCUUUGUUCAAGAUUCAUAUGCAUACAGGUUUGCUAAUUGAAAUGUCUGAAUGAUCUUUUUAAUUUUUUUCAUAAGAAAAUAAAACACGCUUAAUACAUUUUUUGUCUGAAAAUAAUUUUAACUUUAAUUUGUAAGGAAAAUCUGCCAAUGUCUUAAAAUUGAAAUAAAUAUUAAAAUAAUGGUUUAGGUAAUAUAGUCCUGAGUAAUUAACAGGUGAUAUUGUUGAAUUUUCUUGAAAACAAUGUGGUAAAUUCGUUAGCCAAUCAUUAGCCAAACUACAUUUUAUCAAUGUAUACACUCAGUAUUAUUACCACAGAAUUUGAUUCAGUGUAUGGCAAGGAAUGUAUCAACAUGAGUCUAGAAGACACUGCUGUAAAUAUACAGUUCCUAUUUUUCUAAGAGACAUUUAAGAAUUAAAUGACAAAUAAAGGCUCAUAAAAACUACUCUUACUAGUUCAUUUUAACUCUGCAAGCCAAGGCAGUGUCCUUUGCUGUCAGUACAUGUCAAUCUGGACACACAGAAUGUGAAGGCAUGCAGCACUAGUAUGACUGUUUUCCUAAAUUAUUGACAAGGAUUGUGAACAUGUAAAUAACAUGAUGAAGUCUCACAAGUUGUGUUUAAUCUUCAGUUUCAACUAGCUGGCAGAUUGGUAUUUUGCAGUUAGUUUUUUGUGUUUAAAAAAAAAAAAGUUGAUUGUAGACUAAUAUGUGUGGUGAGGCUGAGGGCCUUUCUCUACAUGAAACCAUUUCAAAGAGUCCACCUUAAUAAAAGCAGUGAGUGAUCUGGGCGGCUUUGUGAUUGCUCUUCACGGCUGGGUGGAAGAGAAUCUGGUCAAUUCACCAUGCCCAUCUGCUGAUCCCAUUAAAGCUACUGAGCUUGUGCAUUUACAGUAAAGGGGGUCCCAAGGGAGCCAUCCUGGCUAACCAUUUCACUCCUGGAAAAUGUGUUCAGUGUUACAUUAGCAAACCUGUUUUUUUUCUGGACUUUGAGCGAUUCAUGUCCACACAAACGUAAAGGGCAGAAAGACAAAUGGACAGGACUCUCAUCCACACUCCUGCAUUGGAUCCAUGCUAACCAACCUGGCAACCCUUUCUCAAAACCAGACUACUACUGCUGACUGAAGACCAGUACAAGCCAGCGAUCAGUUUGAAAUUGGAAUGAAAGUAUGCUGAUUCUAUGGAGGAAGGAGAUUCUCUCCUAACAGCAUGCUUAUUGUAUUUAUUCCAGCUGCACAUUAAGAUGUUCCUGAUAAAUCAAAAGCUCUCUCUCACUUUUUAAACGGCUCACAAUUAUAAACUCUUAUCCUGCAGCUUCAGUGACUUGCCUCCCCCCACAGAGCAGAUUAUUGCUAAUUAGGUGUUUACACUAAGAUCUCAGUUUUGUUCAAAGCUGAUAUCACUGUGUGCCAGAAGUUAUAUUAGUACAACUAGCACCAACCUUUCGCAAUGUAAAUCUGUAUUUCUCCAGAUUGCAGUAACCUAAUCCCAGAAGAAUAUCUCUUUAGGUUCUGCAUGCCAACACAUGUGGCAAAGUGCCCAGUCCCUGUGUAUAUUUUGUUAAUGUUGGUGUAUAGUCAUUGGUACACGGGAUAUA